GUGAUUCCUCAUGACCGACAGGCCGUAAUGGACUUCAUCAAAGAUUUACCAAUCAGGAAGGUUCCAGGCGUUGGAAAAGUAACAGAGAAAAUGCUACAGGCUCUGGGAGUAACAACCUGUACUGAUCUCUACCAGCAGAGGGCGCUCCUUUCACUGCUUUUCUCUGAGAUAUCUUGGCAUAACUUCCUACAUAUUUCUCUGGGCCUUGGUUCAACACACAUAGAGAAAGAUGGAGAAAGGAAAAGCAUGAGCAUAGAACGGACUUUCAGUGAGAUCAACUCAGCAGAAGAACAGUAUGAAUUGUGUCGGGAACUGUGCAAGGACCUAGCAGAAGAUCUCCAUAAAGAAGGACUAAGGGGCAGAACUGUUACUCUGAAACUGAAAAAUGUCAAAUUUGAGGUAAAGACAAGAGCUUCCACCGUAUCCCACACAGUCUCUACCGAAGGAGAAAUCUUCUGCCUUGCCAAGGACAUUCUUAAAGCUGAGAUUGAGGCAGCUGCACCGGAACCUCUCCGUCUUAGACUGAUGGGUGUAAGGGUGUCGGGAUUCACAUCAGAAGAAGACAAAAAACACCAGAAGAGCAUUACCAGUUUUUUGUGCACUAAUAGGCCAGCAAGCAAAAUUUGUUCAGAUGCCAUGGAAAAAGCAGUCCAAGAAAGGCAAGCCCCGUGUCCUCAGAGGGAGAGCUUCUUCAAUCAGAAGAGAGCAGCCAGACAGCAGGAAUUGCUGCAGAAUUCAGAGGGAACCGCUGAUACUAGUAAAGACCAAAAUGUGACUUUUGCUGUAUGCACAGAACCCAAGGCUGAUGUGGAUGAUGCCAAAGAAAAGCCAGAUUUCACAUGUCCGAUCUGCCUCAUGAAGCAAGGAGUUUGGGACCUAGAGGCAUUUAAUAGGCAUAUUGAUGAAUGUUUAAGCAAAUCACCAUCCGCUGGCUUCUCUGAAAUGCUAAAGAAAGAAAAACAUUUUCAAAGAAAUGUGACUGCAAAUAAUGGAGACAAUGAAAACGAUAUUCAUGCAAACAAUCUUAAGAACAAAAUGGUGACUGUAACAUCAUGUGAUGAUUUGUAUGACUUUGUUAUUGAUAAGCAUACAUUGUGUACAAUACAGGGUAAUAAAACCUUACGAAGGAAUCUAAAAGAGAACACGUGUGAGGGCACCUCAAAUAGUAUGGUGUUAGAAAAGCAAGCAGUUCCUAAAGGCACUGACAAGCCUAUACUGUCAACACCACCCAGCUCAUCAUUGUGUGUUGGAGAGUCCACACUCAUCUGUCCAGUGUGCAAUACACAACAAGAUACCACAGACCUCACAGCUUUUAACAGACAUGUGGACAUAUGCCUGAACAAGGGGAUUCUAGAAGAGUUGAAGGAUGAUGAAGUGAGCACAGACAGAAGCCUUGCACUUGGCCAUCACAUUGGUAGUACAGGAAGAGGAAGCACCAGCAAUAAAUCAACAUUACGUUCCAAGAGACCAGGUGCAACCCAACAGAAUCCUGCUUCCAAGAAGGCCAAGACCAACUGUCCCAGCAAUACCAUUGAACGCUUUCUAAAAUAA